CGGUAUCGAGUCCCCACGUCAAGACUCUCCCUCUCCGGGUCUUGUUCUGCUGCACGCGCGACACCGGGGCGGAUAUAUAUAUAUCUAUAUCUAUAUCUAUAUUUUAUACUGUGCGCGCGGACGGUGCUGGUUCGGGCGGGGCGGAAGCACGUGUCUUGGUUCGGAAUAGCAGUCGGGCCGGAAGUGCGCUGCACGUGCGUUCGGUUCCGCUAGGAGAAGAAGGAGAGACAGAGAGGCGCGUGGAGAUAAGGAGGCAGGAGAAGCGCGAAGCGCACGAAUCACACACACACACACACACAGCCAACAACAACAAAAGCACGCGCGACCGUCUCCAUCCAUGCAGUCGUAUUACAGUUAAGAUGGAGGAGCAGAAUGAAGGUGUUCAGGUCGGGGAGAAUAAAUACAUCAGCAAGAGCAGCGUCCUUGCCCACCUGAAGACCUAUAACCUUUAUUAUGAAGGACAAAACCUGCAGCUGAGACACAGAGAGGAAGAAGGUGAGCUGAUUGUUGAGGGUCUCCUGAACAUCUCCUGGGGUCUGCGGCGACCAAUCAGAUUGCAGAUGCAGGAUGACAACGAGCGAAUCCGACCACCUCCCUCAUCUACAUCCUGGCACUCGGGCUGUAACUUGGGCAACCAGAGCGCUGAGGCUCAGAAACAAGCUCCGCCCUCCAUCGAUGUGACGCUGUCCGAGAGCGAAUCGGAAAACAGCAUGGUAAACGAAAUGGAAAACGACGAACAUGAAGAAGACACCUGCUCUCAGCUCCUGAGGACUAAAAGUGAUGCAGGGGUUUUGAGGCGGGGAAACAAGCGGUCUCCUAGCGACCAGCGGCGAAUCAGGAGGCACCGUUUCUCCAUCAAUGGCCAUUUUUACAACCACAAGACGGCGGUCUUCACUCCGGCGUACGGUUCUGUCACUAACGUGCGUAUAAACAGCUGCAUGACGACGCCGCAGGUGCUGCGUGUUUUACUCAACAAGUUUAAGAUUGAGACCAGUCCUGAUGAUUUUGCGCUCUACAUUGUCCACACCACUGGAGAGCGAGUUAAACUAAAGCCCACAGAUCAUCCUCUGGUGUUAAGGAUCCUGCAGGGUCCUUGUGAGCAGGUCUGCAGGAUCUUCCUGAUGGAGCAGGACCUUGGAGAGGAGGUCACAUAUGAUGUGGCGCAAUACAUCAAGUUCGAGAUGCCCGUGCUUCAGAGUUUCAUCACCAAACUGAAAGAAGAGGAGGACCGGGAGGUGCAGAAACUCAAACACAGAUAUAAGAAUCUGCGCUUCAUCAUUGAGAAGCAGCUGCAGUGUUCACCAGAUGGUUCCACCUCCAUGUGAUGAAGCUCCUCCACCCAAAGAUGUUUGGCUCUUCGCUCCGCCCUCACACUCCUGAUGUUCUCUCGGUGUCACGACACCAGAGUUCAGCUCGUCUUUCUCCACAUUCAUGAUCGAUGUGGUCCUCGGUGUGUUUUUAAAUUCUAAAGUGUGAUGGUACUUAUUUUACUUGGUUACUGUGUGAAAUGUUCACAUGCUCCAGUCACGCUGGAGGUCCAGACGGUGUUACAAUUGACCAGGAAGUGUUCAGGGUUUUUACACGAUUCAGGGUUUUACUGAAGACCACUGUUUUCAGAAACACGGCCUCGUCGACGUCCUCUCAAACCCCUGACGCGUGCUGAGGGAGGGGGUUUCUCAGCGUGCUUUUCACCUUGCCAGCUCAUUGACUAGCUGGGAAAUUCUAUGCUAUUCUGUGCUCCUGUAGCAUUACUACGUCACACCAAGCAAAAGAGUUAGCAUGCUAGCUGGAAAACAAAGCAGGGAUAAACAAACAGCUGAGAUUUAGCUAGUUAUAGCUAGCGGUUUCCUUUUUCCCCCCAUCAUUAAAAUGUUUCCACUUUCUAAAGAAAAAGAUUAAUCAGACCUGCUGGAGCUUUACAAUCCCCAAACAUAGAACCAAACUCAAUGUGGGGUAUCAUAAUGUGAGGAAUAACUUUAAAAAAAAAUUAUGUAUUAUGUAAAAUUAUGUAACUACUGUUUUAUUUUUCCCAAGAGUGCAUUGACACUUAGCUGCUCAACUUCCUAAUGAACACCUCAGUGAUGUCAUAGGGAAUUGACCCUCUCAGUUUGCCCCCAUUCCCCUUUUCCAUACAACAUUGAGGCUGAAUCUUCUGAGAGGAAGUCGACGAGGUGUGUGGAGGAAACCAUAUGGGGACGCAGACGAUUUUAAGGCGACAUGCUUCUGCCCCCUAGAGGCACAACAUGGAAAAGCACAUUCAAUUACCACAAGUCAGAUCCUUGGAUGUAAUAAGAGGACUCGAUUCUAAGCACAAUAUAAAACAUACACACUCUUUCUCUCUCUCAAACACACACACACACACACUCUCUCUCUCUUCUUUGAAAUAGUCAUGUUUAGCAAAAGCAAUCUCAGCCCAACAUGUGAUGUGUUAAUGUGUAGGAUGUUGGGCUGUUAUUAACUAAAGCACAAGCUGCUGGAGGUGUGUGUGUGUGUGUGUGUGUGUGUGUGUGUGUAUGUUUAAACAUUAUGGAUGUGACUAUCAAUAAACUGAUUUAGAAAUGCUGCCUGUUUAAGGUGUGUGUGUGUGUGUGUGUGUGCGUGUGUGUGCAAGAAUUAAUUUGUAAUGUUUUUAUUCCUUUUUUUACAUCCUUCUCCUCCCAUGUUUUUCGACGCUUAUGGAUGAAAAUAUAGAUCCAGCACGACGUUUAUUUGAUGCUGACAAAUUAAAUACAUUUUCAAAACAGAAAA